CAAGCUCACCGCCUCACCCAACCAGUCCCGCCGCGCAGCCACCUCCCUCCUGCCGCUCGACUCCCCCGCCGCCUCCAACUCACCUCAUUGGGGUCAUGUCCCACCCGCGCGCGAGCCCGCCGCCGCGGCGACCGCGCCUCCUCCUGCCGCUCCUCCUGCUCCUCCUCGCCGCCGCCGCGGCGGAGGCGACGCUGCACCCAGUGGAUUACCUGGCCCUCCAGGCCGUCCGCCGCGCGCUAUCCGACCUCCCGGGCUCCCGCUUCUUCGCCUCCUGGGACUUCACCGCGGACCCCUGCGGCUUCGCGGGCGUCUCUUGCUCGCCCGACGGCUCCACCCGCGUUGUCGCCCUCGCGCUCGGCGACCCGCGCGCCGGCGCGCCGGGCCUGUCCGGUCCCUUCCCCUCCGCCGCCGUCUCUAAACUCUCCGCUCUCGCCUCCCUCUCCCUCGUCCCCGGGCGAGUCACGGGCGCGCUCUCCCCCGCCGUCGCCGCGCUCCCGGCCCUCCGGUUCCUCGCCCUCGCCGGGAACCUCCUUUCCGGCGACCUCCCGCCCGCGUUCGCGCCCGGUCUACGCACCGUAGACCUCAGCAAGAACGCGUUCACCGGCCGGGUGCCGCCGUCGCUGCUCCAGCUCCGGGACCUCCGCACGCUGGUGCUCUCCCACAACGCGCUCUCCGGCGAGAUCCCGAGGUCCGUGCGGGCCCCGCUGGUCCACCUCGACCUCCGCAGCAACCGGCUCUCCGGGGGCGUCCCGCCGCUCCCCGGCACGCUGAUGUACCUCUCGCUCGCCGGGAACCGGCUCUCCGGCCAGGUCGGCGCCGUGCUGCGGCGGCUGCCGAGGCUGGCGUUCCUCGACCUCGGCCGGAACUGGUUCUCCGGCGAGGUCCCGGGGGAGCUCUUCGCGUUCCGGAUCGGGUACCUGCAGCUCCGCAAGAACGCCUUCUCCGGCGAGCUCCGCCCCACGGGGCGCGUCGCGGCCGGCGCCACCGUGGACCUCAGCCACAACGCGCUCUCGGGGCGCGUCCCGCCCGAGCUCGCCACGGCCGGCGCGGUGUACCUCAACGGCAACCGGUUCGCGGGGGAGGUGCCGCGGGAGGUGGCGGCGGCGGCGGAGGCGGGGAGGAUGCGGGUGCUGUUCCUGCAGGACAACUUCCUCACGGGGAUCGCCGUCGGCGGCGUGCCGGCCAGCGCCGCCGUCUGCGCGCACUGGAACUGCGUCGCGCCGCCGCCGGCCGUCGUGGCCGCGUGCCCGGCCAAGGGUGGCAGGGGGCGGCGCCGGCCGCAGGCGCAGUGCGGCGGCCGGAGGGGGUGAGUUCUUGACAUGGAUGGAGGUGGGGUUUUUGUUGGGUUUAGUGGGUAAUGGUGGUUCAGGCAGGUCUCAUGCCUCAUGAGACCCACAAGUGAGUGAUUAGUAAUAAUUAUUGGUGUAUAUUUUGCGGUUAAUCCGGAGAUAUAGGGCUGUGAUUUGUCGGUGGGACACGUGGACGGGGGAUCGGGCACGUUGCCAAUGUUCAGUGGUUGCAAGUUACAUAGGAAAAAGUUUGUGUAAAGGAAAAGUAAGAAUUGAGGUGGUUCCUGCUGUUUGGUCUCAACUCUCAAAUCAAAUGAAAAUCCCAAAGUCUGAGCAUAGUCAAUCUGUACUGAUCCUGAGAUUCUCAGCAAUCUUGAUUCAUCUUGCA